CACCGCCGAUAACGCUAUCUAGAAUAUCUAUUUUGGUAUAUACUCGACCUCUUAGAUGGUAGACUAUAGUGACUCCUCUUGUUAUCUUUCUGAGAAAAAAGAUCAGACUAAGGUUGACUUGUCUUCAAAUCAUAAGAAGAAGACGCGUGUUUUUGUCACUGGUAUAUUAAUAACAAACACCAGAAAGAAAAUCGAGACAGUCGAACAUCAGAAAAUUAAACUUUUUCUUUGUAUGCGUUCAGGAUGUUCAUCGGGCUGAUUGGAUUAGAUAGUGAGACUAUACAUAUAACUAAGAAAUAUCUAGUUGAAGAACGUGGAUUCACGGCUAUAGAUUUAAAGGGCGAUUUAGAUGACUUACCUCAGGAAGUCGUUGAUAUGAAGAUGCUUACUUUCGGAGACUUGAUGGACUACGUAACUUCACAUUGGCAGGAUAACUUUGUUACUGCUACAUUACCAUAUGGCAACACAGAAUGUCUAGAUUUAUUCAUGAGAAGACCAUUCACGCUCUUAGUCGGUUUGGAAGCUCGUAUAGAGAGAACUAUAAAGAGUUGUGUAAAUCGAUUUGCAGAUCUUUUUGAUGGAAUGGAUAUAUCAACAAUGUUUGAUCUUGGAUAUGGCAUUAUUAGACCUACUAUGUCAAAAGCACAGCUGAACAUCUACAAUCCGUAUGAAACUGAAGAAGAAUUCUUAGAAUUAUUGAGAACGAUUAAUAUAGAAGACACUGAACGAAUCAGACCUAAUUGGGAUACUUACUUUAUGGAACUCGCAGAUUUGGCUAGUCAAAGGUCAAAUUGUAUGAAGAGAAGAGUAGGAGCUGUUCUGACUGAAGAAAAACGUGUCGUAGCAACUGGAUACAAUGGAACACCAAGGGGAUUAAAGAAUUGCACAGAAGGUGGAUGCACUCGUUGUAACAGCGGUGUUGAGCAGGGUUUCGCAGAGUGCUUAUGUCUCCACGCCGAAGAAAACGCACUGUUAGAAGCUGGAAGAAGUAGAAUAGGAUCGAAUGCAGUAUUGUACUGUGAUACCUGUCCAUGUCUCGGUUGCGCUAUCAAGAUUAUACAAACUGGCAUAAAAGAAGUCGUAUACAAUCAGGCUUAUAGAGUAGACGAUAAGACAUACACAUUGUUCAAAUCCUCUGGCGUAAUCCUGCGGAAAUACAGCAAUGAUCAUAAAAUAAUGUUCUAAACCUUCUUGUUGAAUUACGACCAUCAUUGAUAUUUAUGAAAAAUAGACUA